GUUAAAAGUUAGCAAAUGAUAUCGAUCGAUAUUUCAGUGUCAGGCACAGAAUAAGCUAUUGGUGCCACGAAAAUUUCACUGUUAAUAGGCCACCUGAAGAGGGAGUGGCGCUAUCGUUCGAGUAUAUAUUAUUAUUGAUAUCGAGUUAUCUGAGAUUGAGCUGUCUUGGUGUUUAGUAUAUUACGUGUUAAAUUGUAAUUUCCUCACAACACCGGAAGCGUGCUAGAAUUGGUUUACCUGCAGAAGUUUCGCAGAAUUUUUUGUCGCAAUUUUUAAUACAGUUGCUGAACCAUUUAUUAUCAACAACUAGUCAAUUGUUGUGCAUCCAACUGAACUCUCCAGUUCAGCAGCUGCAUUUUAGUCUUCGUUGUCUUAAGUUUCAUACUUUGCUCGGCUACCGACUAGCAAACCGCCCGAACCGAUCACCCUGGACUGGAAAAUGGUAACGGCACCCUACAUCAUCAAUGAAAUCUACGAUAUCAUACAGAAGUCUACUGCUUUCGAGCUCACGCUGGAAGCCCUGCUGGCACUUGGUGUGAUUUGGAUCGUAUUCUACAAGCGAAAUAAUGGGAAACGAGAGAAACGUCUGUCGGCUGAGCAGCGGGCUAAGCUUAUCGAGGAGUGGGUACCCGAGCCGCUCGUAGGAGACGUACCGGUGGACCAUCCCGCACUGCAUACACACGUCGUCUACGGAAAGGUGGGCAAAACUAUUAACAUCGAUGGUAAGCAGUGUUUAAAUUUGGCAUCGCACAACUACCUGGGCUUGCUAGGAGACGAGAAUUUCGAACAAGAGGCCAUGAAAAGUCUGCGGAAGUAUGGCGUUGGGUCAUGUGGACCGAGGGGAUUUUAUGGAACGGUGGAUGUGCAUUUGGAAUUGGAGGAACGGUUGGCAAAGUUUAUGCAGGUGGAAGAGGCAGUCGUUUAUUCAUACGCGUUUUCCACCAUCGCAAGUGCUAUACCGGCGUAUGCUAAACGAGGAGAUAUUGUAUUUGUGGAUGAAUCCGUCAAUUUUUCCAUUCAAAAGGGCCUGGACGCAUCUAGAAGUAAAAUAGUAUUUUUCAAACACAAUGACGUAGCUGAUUUAAAACGUCUGUUGGAGGAACAAGCGGUAGAGGACAAGAGGAAUCCGAAAAAGGCGAUGAAACGAAGACGGUUUCUGGUGACGGAAGCAAUCUAUAUGAAUACGGGAGAAAUAUGCCCUCUGCCUGAGAUGGUGGAAUUGCGAAAACGCUACAAGCUGCGCAUGUUCUUGGACGAGAGUCUCUCGUUUGGCGUACUGGGCGAGAAUGGACGAGGACUGGUGGAGCAUUUCAAUGUGGAUAAAACAGAAGUUGACCUACGAUCAGCUGGUUUGGAGUGGGCCGCCGGUACGAUCGGAGGUUUCUGCGCCGGAUCAUCGUUCAUCGUAGAGCACCAACGGUUGUCCGGCUUGGGCUAUUGUUUUUCCGCUUCACUUCCACCUCUGCUGACUCAGGCUGCCAUCAGCGCACUCGAUAAAUUCGAAACCGAACCAAAAAUCUUUGUUGAAUUGAGGGAUUGCUGUCGAAAGGUUUCCCAAAAGCUGCCUUCUCUCGUGGACUUUACCUUUCGAGGUGAUCCUUUAUCACCAGUAAAGCAUUUGUACCUGAAAAAUAAGACAGACCCUCAAACGGAAAAGUCUUUGAUGGAUCAAAUUUCCAGAGAGUGUAUCGACACCGGUUUGGCAGUUAUUACAUCUGAAUAUUUGGAACACUUGGAGAAAAACAAUCCACGGCCCAGCAUUCGGUUAACGGUUAACCGUCUCCUAACGGACGCCGAUAUUGACGACGCAUUCCGAAUUCUGCAGCAAGUGGCAAAAAGAGUACUCGCAGCGGCGUAAUUUUGUUAGUAUUCGCAAUAUUUCACCAUACCUAUAGUUACACUCCAAAACACUUUUAAUUCUAAAUAUAGACUUGACAGAGUAUAACGCUCGUUACACUGUUGUCUAAAUUUUACUUCUUAA